CCAGCCAACACCCAAUCGGACAUGAAUACCAUCAUGUGCCUCCUCCCACUCCUCUCCAUGCCACCUUGUAUUCGACGGCUCACCUACCCAAUUUACCAUCCAGAGCAGAACAUCCCACAAUACAAUGUGAUUCCUUAUACACACCUGGAUGAGUUAUUUCUAGUGGGAGCCUCCGAGUCAAAGAUACCCGUUCCGGAUAUCCAAAACGUUACCAGGCUUCGUUUGCUUGUGAUCACCCCCUGGCACUGGGAUGCGGCAGAUGGAUGCAAAAACUAUGACGAGCUAACAGAUUGGCUCAUACACCUGCUACAUAAAGCCCAAGGGGGGUGCUUAAAGGAGGUCCAAUUGGAGUAUGGCCUGAUUGGCAUAUCUGGGAGUCAGAACAAGUGGGCAGAGCUCGAUGCAGUUCUGUCGAAGAUGGAAUUGAGCAAGGUUGAGCUCGUGUUCAGCGCAACCGCAGAAGAGUGGGACAGAGAAGGGGAAGAGAAAGCCGAGUGGAAGCCAGAGGGAUUGACGUUCAAAUCUGCUGCGUUCUUUGAACAAGUUAAAGGGUGCGGGUUGUUGACAGUCUCCAGAAGAUACUUAAGUUAAGUUUGUAUGUUUGCUACUAUCUAGACGCUGCUAUUGCGUUUUGGACAUUGAAUCAGCUGCAUAUAGGAUACAAAUAAUAUAACUUGUGUUUUUCAUUAUCGUGAAUCAGAACAUAUAUGUCAGUGAAUAUGCUGAAAGGUUA